CAGUUGGGAGAUUUUAUAAGGAUUUAACGAUUCACGAUCUCCCUUUCAAAUGUUUAAGAUAUUAGUGUGUGUGUGUGUGUGUUUUCCUCCCUGCCUGGGUUAUUUUAAAAUCCAUUCUGCUUCCUGGCUGCCCUGACUAGAGCUAGCCUACCAGUAGAACAUCCUGACUGCCCUGACUAUAGCUAGCCUACCAGCAGAACAUCCUGACUGCCCUGACUAUAGCUAGCCUACCAGCAGAACAUCCUGGCUGCCCUGACUAGAGCUAGCCUACCAGCAGAACAUCCUGACUGCCCUGACUAUAGCUAGCCUACCAGUAGAACAUCCUGGCUGCCCUGACUAUAGCUAGCCUACCAGUAGAACAUCCUGGCUGCCCUGACUACAGCUAGCCUACCAGUAGAACAUCCUGGCUGCCCUGACUACAGCUAGCCUACCAGCAGAACAUCCUGGCUGCCCUGACUACAGCUAGCCUACCAGCAGAACAUCCUGGCUGCCCUGACUACAGCUAGCCUACCAGUAGAACAUCCUGGCUGCCCCGACUACAGCUAGCCUACCAGUAGAACAUCCUGGCUGCCCUGACCUACAGCUAGCCUACCAGCAGAACAUCCUGGCUGCCCUGACUACAGCUAGCCUACCAGCAGAACAUCAUGGCUGCCCUGACUACAGCUAGCCUACCAGCAGAACAUCAGUAUAUCUGCUUUGUUGUUUUCUGUACUAGCCUACUGGAGGACCAACAGAACCGAUUGAGGAAAUCAAGGAAACGGCAACAAUGUUCUCUUCUUCUCUCCCACAGUUACGUUGCAAGCUCUUUGCAAAGAUGGGGGACGACCGACCUUUUGUGUGCAACUGUCCCGGCUGUGGACAGAGGUUUACCAAUGAGGACCACCUGGCUGUACACAAACACAAGCAUGAGAUGACUCUAAAGUUUGGCCCUGCCAGGACUGACUCUGUCAUUAUCCAAGACCAGACCCCUACUCCCACUCGCUUCCUGAAGAACUGUGAGGAGGUUGGGCUGUUCAACGAGCUGGCUAGCUCCUUCGCUGAGGAGUUCAGGAAGGCCCAGGAGGACGACGACAAGCGGGCCAAGAACCCUCUCCCUGCCCCCCACAGAGAGGUGGCCCUACACAUGAGCCUGCAGACACCGUCAGCAGAAUCCAUGAAGGUGAAGGAGGAGGAGCCUGUGGAGGUUGACUCUUCCCCACCAGGAAGUCCUGAUUCCUUCUCCAGCAUGUCAGACAGUAGCAGGGAUGCCAUGGUGAGACGAGGAAAGGACACUCCCCUGAGGUCAGUGCUGAGUUCGGCCCCCACCCCCACCAUCGUGAGGCACGGUGCCCUCCCUAUGCGUCCCAGACCAGGUUCUCUGCCCCUCCACUUGGGCUUUGACACCUUGCAGCCCACCAUGCCUUCACCCACCUCCGUCAUCACACCCACCCCACCCUCCAACCGCACCCUGCUGGGCUCUCCCACUGGCCACUACCCCAUGAUGAUGCACCUUCCCAAUGGGCUCCUGCCUGGUCCUAUGCAGAUACCCUCUGUCAUUUCUCUGGCUCGGCCCAUGCACAUGGUGCCCAACAUUCCCGGCAUCCCUGGUCCUCCUAUUGGAGGCGGCAGCAGUGGCUCCAACUCCCCCUCCGGGUACACCACACACUCUGAGGCCAAGAUGAGGCUGAAGGCAGCACUAGCACAGCAGAGUUCAGGGGGUCAGAUGGGGGGGGUGGCCGGCAGCCCCAUGCACCCCCAGAGGAUGGAGCAGAGCCAGCAAUUGGUGCAGCACCCAGACGCACCCUCGCCCGCACAGCCACAGGUGUCUCCUGCUCAGCCUACCGGUGGUCGGCGGCGGCGUGCAGCGGAGGACGACCCGGAUGAUAGACGACAGCGUUUCCUAGAGAGGAACCGGGCAGCCGCCUCGCGCUGCCGACAGAAACGCAAAGUCUGGGUCAACUCCUUAGAGAAGAAGGCCGAGGAGCUCUCCUCCAUGAACGUCUUCCUGGCGAAUGAGGUGUCUCUUCUGAGGAACGAGGUGGCUCAUCUCAAGCAGCUGCUGCUGGCUCAUAAGGACUGCCCUGUCACCACUCUACAGAAGAACAUGGGAGAAGACAGUACUAUGAAAGACGUGUCGGAGCCCACCGGCUCCCCAGCACCCGUCAUCCAGCACAGCUCCCUGCCCAGCCCCUCUCCUUCCUCGGGCCCCAACGGCAUAAAUGCCCAGGCGGCCGCCGAGGCCAUGUCUGUGCUGGCUGGGAUGGGUCAGCACCAGCAGAGGAGAGGAGAGAGGGAUGGAGGGAGAGACGGGAGGGAUGGACCCUCCUCCCACGUCAUCAUGGCCACACAGUCGCACCACUCUGCCAGAUGAUGAGCAAUGAGCGUAUCACACGCCAUGGCCCGGGACUCUAUGGUGAACACACCACCAGGCACCAGCCUACACAGGGGCAGGAGGAAAGCAGAGGAGAGGGUAGAGAAGGAAGAGGGCAACAUGCCUUCCUAGUAAAAUCAACCUGAGGAGUAGUUACAUGAUACAACCUCCCUCCUCUCUGCCUGUGCUGUGGCGGCCAUUUUGUGUCAGCAACUUUGUGUCAGGCCUGGAGCCUUGCUGGAGCUCAGCAACAACAGCCUUCUGGGAAUGGACCGGGACGAUAGGAGAAAAAGAGCUUCUUGUUCUGUUCACUAUGCCAUAUAUAGACUACAUACAGGGGCUGGACUCCACACCCCUCGUAUCCUCCCCCCAA